GAUUUACAUCAAUGGUCCCAAGUUUAUGCCAUAUCUUGAUAAACAAAUGAACAUAUUAAACUACCACAUUUGAAAAGAGACAUUCUAAAGAAAAACGCAUAUAUUGACGGAAGUGAUAUAAGCGGCCUGCAGUGAUAUAAGGGGGUUUCCACAAACGUGGCGUUGUUUACCAGUGAGAGCAGCAACAGACAACAUGUGUGGAAUAUUUGCAUACCUAAACUAUCUGGUUCCUGCCAAACGGAAGGAAAUAUUGGAUAUCCUUGUCAAUGGAUUGAAGCGAAUGGAAUACAGAGGUUAUGACUCUGCAGGAGUGGGAUUUGAAGGAACCAAUACAAAAAAUGGAGGCUUUGAACUUAAAACAAUCAAACAGAAAGGAAAAGUAGCAAUGCUACAGGAGGAAAUUGCCCACAGCACAGACCUUGACUUUGAGAAGGAGUAUGACAUCCACAUAGGGAUCGCUCACACCCGCUGGGCCACGCACGGAGAACCGAGUCCCACAAACAGCCACCCCCAGCGGUCCGACUCCACCAAUGAAUUCCUUGUUGUGCACAAUGGCAUCAUCACAAACUACAAGGACCUUAAAUCAUUCUUGAUCUCUAAGGGAUUUGAAUUUGAAUCCGAGACAGACACAGAAGUGAUUGUAAAAAUGGUCAAACACAUCUACGACAAAAACCCCAGCAUUUCCUUCAGAGAAUUAGUGGAACUCACCAUUCAGCAACUGGAAGGGGCUUUUUCACUGGUUUUCAUGAGUUCUAAAUACCCAGGAGAAUGUGUAUCGACCAGGCGAGGCAGUCCCCUUGUUAUUGGUGUCAAGAGCAAGGCCAAGCUGUCAACAGACCACAUCCCGAUCCUGUACAGCAAAGAGCCAAAUCUUUCGGAAAAGAAAGAUAGCUCCUCUAUGGUCGAUCACAUUAGUAGACUACAACCUUUUGAUCACCGCGGGUUAAUGAACCCUUCCUUGCACCACACGGACAGUACGACAGAAUUCCAUCCAAUAGGAAACAAGGAAGUUGAGUAUUUCUUCGCUUCAGAUGCCAGUGCAAUAAUAGAACACACCAAUCAGGUGAUAUUUUUGGAGGAUGAUGAUGUAGCAGCUGUACAGAAUGGUUGUCUUACAAUUCAUCGAAUCAAACGCACCCUGGACGAAUCAACGACACGUGAAGUCACCACCAUCAAAAUGGAGAUCCAACAAAUUAUGAAAGGAAGUUACAGCUCUUUCAUGCAGAAGGAGAUCUUUGAGCAGCCAGAGUCUGUUGUGAACACGAUGAGGGGGCGUGUGAACUUUGACACAAAUCGAGUCAUUUUGGGUGGAAUCAAAGACUUUAUGGUGGAAAUCAGAAGAUGUCGAAGACUUCUAUUUAUAGCUUGCGGGACGAGCUAUCAUAGUGCAGUGGCUACAAGGCAGCUGAUGGAAGAACUGACAGAACUUCCUGUUGUGGUGGAGUUAGCGAGUGACUUCCUAGACAGACAAACGCCCGUAUUCAGGGAUGAUGUCUGCUUCUUUAUCAGCCAGUCAGGUGAGACAGCAGACACUCUGAUGGCUCUGCGGUACUGUAAACAGCGGGGGGCAUUGAUUGUGGGAAUCACAAACACAGUGGGCAGUAGUAUUUGUCGUGAAUCUCAUUGUGGUGUACAUAUUAACGCUGGACCGGAAAUCGGAGUGGCCAGUACAAAGGCCUACACCAGUCAGUUUAUCUCCCUUGUGAUGUUUGCUCUUGUAAUGUGUGAGGACAGAAUCUCAAUGCAGGAAAGGAGGAAUGAAAUCAUUCAGGGACUCAAAAACUUGCCAGAUCAAAUUAAGGAGGUUCUGAAGACAGAUGAACAUGUUCACACCCUGGCCAGGGAGCUGUACCAACAGAAGAGUUUACUGGUGAUGGGGAGGGGCUAUAACUACGCCACAUGUCUGGAGGGAGCUCUGAAAAUAAAAGAGUUGACCUACAUGCACUCGGAGGGUAUCCUAGCAGGAGAGCUGAAGCACGGCCCCCUGGCCCUGGUGGACAAAGCCAUGCCGGUCAUGAUGGUCGUGACCAGGGACAAGGUCUACCCUAAAUGUAUGAAUGCUCUGCAGCAGGUCAAGGCCAGACAUGGGCGCCCCGUUUUACUUUGUACCAAGGGAGACACAGAAACACAAAAGUAUGCAUAUAAUUAUGUGGAGGUCCCCCAGACUGUAGAUUGCCUUCAGGGGGUGCUCACCGUUAUCCCCAUGCAGCUGCUCUCGUUCCAUAUAGCCGUACUGAGAGGAUAUGACGUGGACUGUCCGAGGAACCUCGCUAAAAGUGUGACUGUGGAAUGAACGAGAUGAAAAGGUUGAUCACCCCAGGGGGUUAUUGAAGACAUAUACAUUUUAGGAAGAAAAACAGUUGGUCACAAAGAGUUUAAGUUCAAAGGUCAAGGUCACAUUUCUAAUGCCAAUGUGGGGGACCAAAAAUGAAUAAUCAAAAACUCUGCAAUAUGUAAAUUACUGUAGAAAACACUGAUUAUAUUGUGAUUUGAUGUCAUUAUGGAGCUUGGACAAUAGAACUGGCCUGUGAAGAAUGAUUCAGUGUCUGGAUUCACCUAUCAGUAUUUGUCUAGAAUUCAAUGUAAUUGUCAUUUAAUUUUAAUAACCGGUAUAUUAUUAUAUAAUGUUAAGAUAAUUUGUGGCAUUUAACAUUAAUAUUAUGGUUUUUGAGCAGACUUAUGUAGACAAUGUAACCUAUGCUGUUGAUUUUUUGGGAUUAAUUUAUGUUACUUUUGUUUCAUUUUACUACAUACAGGAUAUGUACUUGAUUAUUUGUAUCUGUUAUUUUACCCAUUAUUGUUUUUUAUAUGUGUAUUUUACUUAUUUCUUUUUUGUCCUUUUCUUUGAAUUUUGACAGACUUUUAUUAUUUCCUACAUUCUUUUGUUAGAUCUUAUUAUUAAGAAAACCAAAUAUUUUACAAACAAUUUGCAUAAUCUGUUUUCUGUUAGGUCUGCAGCUUCUUUUCUCUUGAAUAGGAAUUUCAGAACUGAUUCAUAAAAGAAAACAAAAGGUGUUAAAGUUCACAAAAAAAGUGAAAAAAUGGAAAUUUCUAAUAUUAAAGGAGAUGGAAGUCCUUUGUAUGCAUGAAGAAAAGUAUGAUGUACCUGAUAAAAUUAUGUAAAUUUAUCACACCAUAAAAUUCUUUGAUAUAUUACAUCAAAAUGUUAUUGAUCUGAAUAGACCUUUUCACAAAAAAAACCUUACACCUACGAUUUAAACAUGACAGCUUUGAUGUUUCUUUGUUUUAUAUGACUAUUUUGUUCUAGAGGAUUAUUCACAAUAAAUUCAUACAUUAUAUGAAUACAUGUAUAAGAUUUUAUGGCUUACUAGAGCUUACAUAUUUUUUGGAGAAUUUGAGAAUGUUUGUUAGAUAUCCUGUAAAAAGAUUUUUUUUAAUAGUAAGACAAUCUUAUGACAACAGAUCACCAUGCUUAGUCAUAUUCAUCAAAACUUAUGAAGUAACUAAAUCUAGUCUGAAAUGGAAAUUUAAGAAAAUUUAGAUGCAUUUUAUAUACUGUAUACAGGUUUAUUUUUGCUCACUGUUAUUUUCGCCCUUUCACAUUUGCAAACAAUUUUUCCCCCAUUUUAAAUUCCCCCAGAAAGUUUUCUAUUAGCUACCAAUAUAACGUAGAAUUCGCCUAUUCACAAUGAGGGCAAAAAUAAAAUGGGGGUGAAAAUUUUCCUCUGUACAGUAGUAAGUUGGCAAAGGAUAUCGCAUGUUUUUUAUCCAGUUGGAAAGCUUUUGUAAAAGAACAAUCAUUAUCUCGGUACGUUAAUAUUUGUAUUUCACAAAGUCAGGUGAACCAUCAGGGUUGUUUGACAAUCAGAAAAACCACACAAAAUCUGGACAGUGCACUAUCUAUUUUACGUUAUAAUAUAGCCAGUCAACUAUGUAGUCAUUUCAGAUUUUUUUUUUUUCAUUUCUUUGAUGUACAUUUCCUUGGGUAUUGAAUACGUUUAGAGGUUAUUUAUAUCUUGGCUCAGAUAAAACUGAUUAUGUUGUUAGAUCUGACUUUGGUUUCUGGAGAAUAUGCAUCACUAUUGUGUUAAAACAUCAUAGUACUUAUAUAAUGUUUAUUAUGUGGGAUCUGCUGUAAUAAACCUAAAAUGUUUUAAGCAUUAGCUAUGUGAACAAAACAUUGAGGGAAAAUACAGGAUAAAAGAAAACACUA